AUGGGGAGACUGUUAUACGUAGGAAAGCGAAGACGAGGUGGUGGAUUCUCUUCUGGACGGUAUACCCCAAAAGAGUAUCGUGGAGCAAAUUUUCAGCACUAUAGGGAACACGACAACACAUCUCAUGUUGAUAAUGACGAAGUUACUGAAGAUGGUGAUUUAUUUGAACAUAGAAUGCAGCAAGAUAAUCCAGUUGAUAGAAAUGAUAACUUAGGAACACAUGAGAUAACUGCACAAAAUGAAGAUUAUAUAAAAGAUUUGGAGCUUUCAGACCAAAUAGUGCACGAUAGAAUUAUUGGAGGAGUUAACUACAAACUUAGACUUUUCGAUCCCUUAUAUGAUCCUCCUAAUGCCGAGAGAAUACAAGCUGGUUUUGAUAUGGGCAAAUGUUUUACCCCUGCUGUAUGUCGGUUUUUAUUGUUGCAUUAUCCACAGCUCAAACCAUUUUCAUUUAAAGGUGCCACACCCAAUUUAGCAAUGGAAAACAGUAUGUUUCAAUCUUACAUUUUUGCAAUGUCAUGUGGAUUUCAAUCACAUAUAGAUAUGGCUCUUCAUCUCAAAUACAAUAAUCUUCUACGAGUGGCCCAAAGAGAAUACAAGAACUCAUUCCAUCAUUGGUCCCCUGAUGGAGAAUUCGGAGUAAACACACACAAUUUUGUCACUACAUUGAGGACAAUGGCUUGGGCAUACGAUCGUAGUUUUAGGGCCCCGAUACGUGCCGAGGAAGAAGAAAAACAUGUUGAAGAAGAAGUAUCAAUACCGGAUGAUGUACGUAAGGAUGAAUCAGAAGAAUACCGUGAUGAUCAACCAGAUUUUCUAAUGAACGUCUCAGACAGUUUUGAUCAAAAUGAUAUCCUUGAACCAGUUGUCCUGAUUGAGAUGCCGGAGUUAUAUAGCCUACCACGGAGACAUCCACCUAUGCCAAAAUACAACGAAGUCUUAGAUGAUUAUUUAGGUUCACCUAGGGAUGCUGCUGAACCUCCAACGAAGAAACGGAAAAUAGAACUGCCAAGCAAACAUAUGAAUGAGGAAGAAAAACAAAAUAAUGACAAAGAAGAGGAAUAUAUAAGCAAUUGUGGAUCAGCACCUAGUAUUACAUCUUACACGUGCAAAGAUAGAGAAGUCAUUGGAUUGUUUGAGAAAGUAUUAGAAAUUCCAUUAUCAGAGAACGUAAAGGAUAGGUUACGUGUAGACACUCAAGUAGACGACAAGGCACUGGCGGCAACGCGGUCUAAUGCUAUCCCGUUGGAUGAAUCAGAAGCAAGUAAAUCACGUUCACGUUCACCAGAAGCCUUGUCGCACGAUAAACUGUUAGAAAGAGGUUUUAGAGAGACAUUACGUAGACAUGAAGCUCCUCGAGAUCUGCAGGAAGCUUCAAUUGUAGAGCAAAGAAGAAUGAAAGAUUUAAAGAAGAAAGAAGAACUUCGUCGAAUCUUUAUGGUAGAUAAGCGAAGAGAGCAAGAGAGAAGGAGGAGACAAGAAGCAAGAAAGGCAGAAAAAGAAAAAGAAAAAAGUGCUAGCAAUACUGAAGACCAAACUAAAGAAGCUACUGAAAGUGAAGAACAAACACCCAAAAAAGGAGAAAGUGGAUACGACAAACUUCAAAUGUUGGUCGAAGCAAAAAGAAAGCCAAAAAUGCAACUGGCAACUGAGAUUGUACAACGAAAGAAAGAAGAAAUUGCGCGAAUGCAACGAGAACUUGAAAGAAAAGAACGAGAAAAGAAGGAAAGAGAAAGAAUGGAAAAUAUACGAAUGCAAAAGUUUUCCCGCCGUGAACAAAAUAUGCAAUCUUUACAAGCUCUUAAACAAAACCAGCAAGAGGUUAUAGAAAUCGCGUCUGAAGAUGAAACUAGUUUUCAUAUGCAUGACGGUACAGAGAAUGGUAUGUCACAUGAUUCAAGACAGUCUCGAAUUAGUUCAGAACCAGCUCCGAAGGUUACUUCAAUUCUUGAAGGAGUAGAGGAAGAAAAUGUAGAGAAAGAAAAUAAUGAGGAAGGAAAUAAUGAAAGUACAGAGCAAAUUCAUCAAAGGUUAGAAAGCGAAAGACAAGAAACUCCCUCGGUAGAAACAGCACGUGUGGAUCGCGAGGGAUCCGGCAAUUCCGGUCAAGAGAAUUUAGAAAAGGAACGACCAGAUCAAGAACAAGAACAAGAGAAAUCACUGACCGAACAAUCAGAAAGACGAGAUCUUCAACAAGAAAGUAUACUAGAAGAACAUGAGGCAAGCAAGCUUCCACAAAAAGAAAAUGGGCAAGAUAAAGAAGACCACCUGGAUCAUUCCCCUGAACAAGAUGAAAGCAACCAAGAAGAUCGUCAAAUGGAACAAAUCGAAGAACAUGACGUUGAAAAGGAUGCUGCUGAAAAAGAACAGUCUGUCACAACGCUGCAAAGAACAGAUGAACAAGAAUCUAGAGGUAUGCAACUCCAAAAAAACCCUAAUGACGAAAAUGAAGAGACAAGUGCACGUGACCAAGGAGAUUUGAAUAUAGAUAUAGUUAAUACACUGGAUAAAGGAGGGCAUGAUUUGUCAGAGAGUGCCGAUAUGCAAGCUCAAACACGUGUAGCUAAUAAUUCAGAAACAACAAACGUUGCUGAUAUGCAGAACACUACUAACCAGAAGGUAAAUAAUACGGAAAGUCCACAUGCGAUUAAUUUUGAGCAAUUGGAAGAUGAGGUUGACAUUUUUCUUGAUAACCUCUUUGGUGAUGGUAAGGAAAAGACAAAAGAUGGAAGUGAAAAUGAUACUCCAAGUUCAGUUUUUGAUGAAGCACCCGAUGGUCUUGAUAAAGGCAAACAGACAGGCACUCUUGAAAAAGACAAGGAAGUAGAAGAAGGUCCAGACGCCACUAACACAACCGAAACAGUGACAUUACAAGUGCAAGAGCAGGUGCAAGUCGAGUCGAAUCAAGAUCAAGGAAAUCGAAUUGAAGAGAAUGCAAAUGUAAACAACGUCGCUCAAAACAUGCCCGUCCAAGAAGAAACUGAAUCCAACCAAUUGCAAAGAGAUAAAACUGAUGAUAGAACAAAUCAGGUAGCAAACGUCGCUGUUCAACCUGAGUUGAAUCAAGAAAAAGCAAAUCAAAAAGACCUGGACUCGAGUACAGCAAGUGUCACCCAACCCAUUCCAUCUCAGCAGCAAAUUGGAUCGGCUCAGCCAGAUUCUCAAAGACAACAACCAGUACAACCAGCUCUCGUUGAAAAUGUUAUUCCAUCACAAAUAGUUGAACAUGCUAUUCCAUCACAAAUACCGGCGGGUUCAAAUCAAGCACAAACAAGCCAAGAAAAUAUAGAUCGUGCAGAAGACUUUGUGCUGCAGGAAAUACAACGGAUAGAACUGGAUUACCAGAAGCAGCAACAAAUUGCUGCUAGAGAGCAAGAACUAAAAAUGAAAGAAAUGACAGUUUUAAUUGCAAAGUUACAAGAAAUAGAUGUUACACAUAGACGAGAAAUGAAAGAGCUCCGCGGGCGUCAAGCACAUGAAAGAUCAUCACUUAUUAAAAUGAUUGAAAUAUUACGACUGCAGAUUACAUUGCCCAUUCCUCGACGUCCAAGUAGUUCUUCUCAACCGGUCACAAAUGCACAGAGCAACCUAAGGAAUUUGAAUCAAAUGAACCAAGGAAUGAAUCAAAUGAACCACGGAAUGUUAACUCCACCAGUACAAGGACCAUCGUUGCCACCACAGAAUCGUCAAACGUUUCAAGCUGACGCAGCCUUAAAGUUUGGACAAUCCAGUUUUUCAUAUGCCCAACCACAAAUGACUGUGCAGGGACGACCUCAGAUGUUACCCACACAAAUGCCUCCUAACUAUACGGGACAACAAGCUUAUGUGGCUAAUAAUGGUGUCUCGUCAGUUCAAGGAAGUAGACAUCUGAGUUCAGGGUCACCAGUGAUGGCGUCCGGUUUGGCCCCUGUUCCUGCACAACAACAAGUCAGACAACCUACAUUCAAUACACAUAGAGUUCGCUUUGCUUGUAAGAUUCACCCCCAUAUUUAUUUCUUGUUAGGACUUCAACCCCCAAAUUCCCCCCCAAAUUAG